UCCACCAUCUCCCCCUCCUCCCCUGCCUUCUUUCUCCCUCUCCUCCCGCCUUUCACGGCCGCGGGAGCAGCACCUCCAGCAGCCAACUUCCACCCUCCUCUAGAAGAGGUUCCCUCCCCCCUCUCCCUCUUCACUCAGUGAUCACUCCAUCGUCUGGUUUCUGUUGGAGACUAUCCCCAUCACGUGCAAGGGACAAGGCAUCGAUACACUGGUUUCUCUGGAAGAGGUUAAUUGAUGCAAAGAAUGGCAUACCAGGCAGAUUGACCACCGACCUUUCUAGGAUCUUCAAGCAACGUACACAGAUAUUGUAAACUGGGCUUGUGCAGAAGACCCAUCUGAGGACAAGGAGAGUCAAGGAUCCAAUUCGAUUUCAUCUCUUUCGACACAUCCCACCUUCCUCGGGCAGGUAUUAAAAUGGAGAGUGAUGAUGACCCUUUGGUGCAGCACCUGUGGCUGGAAGAAGAAGACUAUGAUGUAUCUGUCAGCUCGCACAGCGGAGAAAAACUCUGCAAGAAAUGCCACUGCAGCAUUAAAAGAUUAUUCCAUGAUUUGAAAGUUAAAGGUUUUUGGGGAAUAGUCGGAUGGAUAUUCACGAACCCAUAUUGUACUGCCUUAAUCUUAGUAAUAGGUUGCACAAUUCCCACAAUUCUGACUGUUGUCAUGUUUAUGCAUUGUUCUUACCUCGACAUAGAUAUAUCCUACAAUGCCUUUGAGAUUCGCAACCAUGUGUCUUCGCAACACUUUGAUGCUUUGACUCUUGCUUUAAAAUCCCAGUUUGGGUCUUGGGGGAGAAAUCGACGUGAUCUGGCUGAGUACGCUUCUGCGACAUUUGAGAAGCUCAUCAUCGAAGAAUUACAGAGACUGCACAGUAAUAAUUCACAGUUUGUCACUGCGGCCCAAGGCAAAGUCAACCGUAAAUCUAGUGAAAGCCUAUGGCCGGACGGGAUCCGACUGCGGAAACGUGACCUGCCCGCCCAUUCGGCCACAAACGAGAGCUGCAGCAGAUUGCGAGUACGGCAAUCAAGGGCCGUGUCCCGUAAAAACUAUCCGAGCACUUACAUUAACGGAGACACACAGACGCAUGCCCUGUGGAGGAUGGAGCUGGUAUUUCUAGCAAGAGGUGACGAUGACAGGAACAUCUUCACCAAAGAGCGUUUGUUGACUAUUCAUGACAUUGAAAAAAAAGUCAUGGAUCACCCUAGGUUUCGGGAAUUUUGCUGGAAACCUCAUGAAGUUCUCAGAGAUAUGCCUCUUGGUUCAUACUCCUAUUGCUCGCCUCCAAGUUCCCUCAUGACCUAUUUUUUCCCGACAGCACAAGGUGGAAGGAUUUACUAUGAUGGCAUGGGACCGAAGCUGGCAGAUAUUCAUGGCUCACUCCAGCUGGCUAUUACUCACCCUGAGUUUUACUGGUACGUCGAUGAAGGCCUCACAGCUGAAAACAUGAAGAGUUCGCUGCUUCGGAGUGAGAUUCUGUUUGGAGCCCCACUCCCCAAUUACUACUCCGUGGACGAUCGGUGGGAAGAACAACACAAAAAGUUUCAGAAGUUUGUGAUCUCCUACGUUGAUCUAUUAUCUUCACAGUCCACAGAGAAGGUGAAAGUUCUCUACGGUGGAACAGACCUGUUUGACUAUGAAGUGAGACGAACCUUUAAGAAUGACAUGUUGCUGGCUUUUAUUAGCAGUGGAUGUAUAGCAGUCCUGGUGUAUGUUCUCACCUCAUUUUCAGCUUUCCUGACCUUCUUUGGAAUUGCCAGUAUUGGCUUGAGCUGCCUGGUUGCCCUAUUUCUAUACCAUGUGGUAUUUGGGAUCCAGUACCUGGGCAUCUUAAAUGGAGUGGCUGCCUUUGUUAUUGUGGGUAUUGGGGUGGAUGAUGUCUUCGUUUUCAUUAACACUUUUCGACAAGCAAGCCACCUUCUCAGCCCACAGGAGAGGAUGAUUCACACCAUCAAAACAGCGGGGAGAGCCACCUUCUUCACCUCUUUCACCACAGCUGCCGCCUAUGCAGCCAAUAUAUUUUCCCAGAUCCCAGCUGUCCAUGACUUUGGACUCUUCAUGUCUUUAAUCGUGGCUUGCUGCUGGGUAGCUGUUCUAUUUCUUAUGCCAGCUGCUCUCUGCAUUUGGAGUCAGUACAUCUCGCCUCUGGAGAUAUCCUGCUGCUCCAGUUGUCAACUUAAGUGUAAAAGGAAAAACAGCAACUCAGCACAGAAUCCAGCAGAAUAUGAUGAUGCACUGCUGGUCACGGACCAAGAUUCAGUGUUGAUCGGUGGGAGCCUCCAGUAUCUGGAUGAUGAUAUUCCUCUGCUGUCAGUUGAGGAAGAAGCAGCCUCUUUGGACAAUGGAGAAGUACCCUUGGUUUCACUGGCACCAGAAGCUCAGCCACCUAACAAUGGGAUGCACCAUCCAGGACAGCUAAUCACAUGGCUACAGGAUGCACUGUACUAUUUUAUUGCACUCCCUGCAGUGAAGGGUAAAUGGAUAAUCUUAGGUAAGAAUGAAAUAGUUUAUUGUCUGUUUCAGGAGAAACCCCAGCCUCUGCUAAAUAAUAUCCGAGCAUCCUCAGGCAAGAAAAAACGAGGACAGAGACUACCAUGGAAUGAAGCAAAUCCAGCACAAGAUGAUCUAUGGACGGUGUAUGUGACAAAGUACGAAGAUGACGUGCAAACCCCAAUUUACAGGUUUUCUCUGCAUCCCUCAGUUCCGUCACCAUGGCACCUCCUGUCGCUGAGGAAUGGGGAGAUCCCAUCAUUUAAAGUGUACACGGUGCCAAAUGGCAACUUCACAAAGAAGCUGACCGUGUGCUCAUCAACUGUUGGGUUGCCAAGUCCCAAGUGUCCAAGAAAGUGGAUGAUCACAACAUUAUCCUGCAACGUUAGGAAAGGGUGGAAGUUUGAUUUUCAUUUCUAUGCAUCAGCAAAGGAGCAACACCACACUCAGAAGCUGUACUAUGCCCAGCUGAGGAAGGCUCCCUACCACAGUCGAAUUUGCCUGGCACCACCUGGCUGCAUUCUUAGUGGAGGACCCAAUGGCGCCAAUCAAGGCUACUUCUUCGUCCCCUACAAGAAAGCUUUCUCGGUGUCAAAUGUUGAAGAGGCCCCAACGUUUGACUUCAACCCCUGCAUGAACGACGGCUGUGGGAAGCCAGCGGUCCGCCCCCUGGUGGACACGGGAGCCAUGGUCUUCGUUGUGUUUGGGAUUCUGGGAGUGAACCGCACACGGAAACAAGACAACCAUGUGAUAGGAGAUAUGGGCAGUGUCAUCUACGAUGAGAGCUUCGACCUGUUCCAAGAAAUUGGGAAUCUGUGUAAGAUUUGCAAGGCCAUUGGCGGCAACCAUGAGUUGGUGAAGCCAGGAGGAGCUCAGUGUUUACCUUCUGGUUACAGCGUUUCUACAUUCCUGCAGAUGUUGCACCCGGAAUGCAAGAGCAUACCAGAACCCAACCUGCUUCCUGGGCAGCUCUCCCACGGCGCUGUAGGAGUGAGAGAUGGCAGGGUUCAGUGGAUCUCGAUGGCCUUUGAAUCUACAACUUACAAAGGAAAGUCCUCGUUUCAAACCUAUGCAGACUACUUGAAAUGGGAGAACUACCUCCAGGACCAGCUCCUACAGUUUUCCGAGCAAUCAUCACUACGCCAUGGAUUUCAGACGUGUGAGCACUGGAAGCAGAUUUUCAUGGAAAUAAUAGGUGUUCAGAGUGCACUGUACAGUUUGAUGCUUUCUCUGAUAAUCUGUGUUGCAGCAGUUGCUAUUUUCACCACGCACAUCCUACUACUUUUACCAGUGCUCAUGACCAUUCUAGGUGUGAUAUGCUUGAUGGUUGCUCUCAUGUACUGGUUAGGCUGGGAAAUGGGAGCGGUGGAAGCCAUCUCGUUGUCCAUCCUGAUGGGCUCUUCUGUGGAUUACUGUGUCCACCUCGUUGAGGGUUACCUGCUGGCUGGGGAAACCCUUUUGACAGCCGAGACCGAUGAUAAAUGUAACACGGGGAAAUGGAGGACUCUGGCCGCUGUGAGACACGUGGGUGUCGCCAUCGUCUCCAGUGCCAUCACCACAGUCAUUGCGACAAUCCCCCUUUUCUUUUGCAUCAUAAUUCCAUUUGCCAAGUUUGGGAAGAUUGUCGCCCUGAAUACCGCCAUCUCCAUUCUGUACACAUUAACUGUUAACACGGCCCUGCUCAGCAUUCUGGCUCCAAAUGACUUCUAUCGCUCGAGAAAGUCUUUCCUCAAGGCGAUCCUAGGAGUAGUUGGCAUUGGCAGCGGAGGGUUCUGUAUCUGUCUCCUACUGAUUAAAUUGGGGUUCAAAAUCCCAUUCCCCAAUGUAUCAGCACUGUAAUUUAUUUAUACAGAUAAUAUAAGAGACUUCAAAAAAAAUAGUGCUAAAUAAAAGGGAAAUUCAUCACAAAGCAAAAAAUAAAUAAAGAGGGCCAUUGCCAUUUUCUUUUGUAAACCUUUUCCUUCCUUCAUGGUUGAUCAUUGUUGACUCGCUGAGUCCACUAACAACGAGGUACCUGCAAGGGAUGGAAUGAGUGCAGUUUUCCUGCUGAUUAGAUGGACUCUGAACACGUUCCGAUUUUUUCACCAUUUGUAAGGGGAAAGUUUAAUCAGUGGAAUGAAUGAUCUUUCUCAAUAGAUUUUAGUUACCUUUUAUGCCUAUUGUAUUUCUUACAUUUAACCAUAAAGAAAUCGCCUCUGAAAACUGAAAACUAUCAAAUUAGCACUGGGAAAAGCCUCUUUAUUUGCCUUCACCUGUUUUUUCUUCCCUCUGCAAUGCUCCAACUUCCGGCUGAGUCAAGGUGAAUUGGUUUCUUCCAAACUGUUGUCAAUAUCCAUGGUUGGGCAUUGGGAAUACAAACCGGGACAGUGAAUCCACCUGUGUAGGAAGGAACUGCAGAUGGUGCCUUACACCGAAGAUAGACGCAAAAUGCUGGGGUAACUCAGCGGGACGGGUGUCAUACCUUCUAUCCAGAGAUGCUGCCUGUCCUGCUGAGUUACUCCAGCGUUUUGUGUGUAUUCACAUCACUUCUAUUCCUCUCUCUCCCUGAGAAGGAACCCACCUGAGAAGGGUUGAGAUGGAGCACGGCAAAUGAACAGGUUCUUUGACCCACCAUGUCACAGGAUAAGUUUUAGUUAAGAUUAUUUUUAUUUUUGUUGUUAUGUUUUUAACUGUGUAGCUUGAGACGUCCUCAGGUUCUUGCCACUGCCUCUCUUCUCCUCUGGUUCCAUGGGUGCACUCUAUCACCCAAGUGCUGUUCUUCACCCAUGGGUGCUACAUUGGUCUUGACACACAUUGCCAACCAAGAUCGUCUGAAUGCUGGCUUUGGCCUAUCUCUGGUCCAGUGAGCCAAGUAGUUUGCAUUUUCCAUGGCCAUCCACAAUAAUAAUAGAUGUCCAGACCUACAUACAGCAGGAUAGCACCAGAAACGUUUUAUAGGUGACAGCAGGCAAACCAAUGGUAUCAAUUCCUAUUCAUCCUUUUCAAGGGAUGUUCAAUAAGUUAUAACAAGAAAUGAAACUUGCAUCUGUCACGGUCCUCUGGAUAUUUCAAAGCACCUCACGCUCUUUUAAUAAUGGCAGCUGCUAUAAAGUAAACAGACGUACAAGGUGGUCCCAGCAAAUGGGCAACAAAUGGGCUUUGUU